AUGGUUCGUGGUGCUAUUGUUAGAGGCAGAGGAGGUUUUAGUCGUGGUGGUGCUCGUGGCGGUUUUGCUGCUCCCACCGCAGCACAAGGUGAACGUCAACCAACAAGUAUGAGUCGUGGUGGCGUUCGUGGUGGAUCGCGUGGCGGUCGUGGUGCUCGUAUGGCUAACAACUCGCAAUCCUCAAGUGGCUCCGCAGCAAAUCGUAUCGGUAACAAUUUCCAAAGAAAAACAUAUGACAACAAUGAAUCAUCAUCGUUUAUCACCAAGAAACAAUCGGAAUUCUUUAAGGAUCUACAAUCGAUGCCAAUGAAACCGUUGGAUCCAAACGACUUGGUACAGCUCAAGUUGAAGCUGGUCAACAUCAUCUCGGCGUCGCUCAUCAAGGAGCCGCGUAUCAACCAGAUGACACCGACACUCGAGGCAAUCAUCACCUCGGUCUACGAGAUCUCCCAGUACGAUCCAGAAUUCAUUCUGAAACUCGGUUUGUAUGCUCGUGACGAACUUGGAAUCCGUACCGUCUCCAACUAUCUACUCUGUUUGGCAUCGGUCAUUCCAUCGUGUCAACCCUACUUGAAGCGUUACUUUAACGAAUCCAUCAAGAUUCCAUCCGAUUGGUUAGAAUUACCAAACAUUGUUUCAAAAUUAACAGAUUCAACAUCCAUUCCAAAAUCAUUAAGAAAUGUAAUGGUUGAAAAGUUCCCAAGUUUCGAUGCCUAUCAACUCGGUAAAUAUAAUACUGAAAGUAAGAUCAAGAGAAAGAGAAAGAAGUUAAAGAAAUUGAUCAAGAAGAAUCCAGAAGAAAAGGAGAGAUUGGAAAAGGAAUUCAAAGACAAUCAAACAACUUCUUUGAAACAGUUGAUCCGUGCUCUACAUAUUUCCAAGCCAAACAAUCAUGUUAUGUCGAUCUUGGGUAAGAAGUAUCCAGCUACCUAUGAGGAGUUCAAAAAGUUGAAUCUGCCAGGUGAAUUCGAACCGGAACGUGCCAACAAACGUAUGAAGUUGCCGGUUCCAGAAACAUGGGAGACGCUCCUCUCUGAAAAGGGUAAUCGUGCCGCCACCUGGGAGGAGUUGAUCGACCACAACAAACUGCCGUUCAUGGCAAUGUUGCGUAAUCUUCGUAACAUGAUUAUCUGUGGUGUCCAACCGACCUAUCACCAAUGGAUCAUCAAGAAGCUGACCAACGAACAAACCAUUGCUCACUCCAAGCAAUUCCCACUGCGUUUCCUCGCUGCGUUCGACUCGAUCCCAAAGGAUAUCGAACAGAUGAAGCUGUGGGCCGCUGAGAAAUCUAUAAAGAUUGGCUAUCAUCCAUCGAAGGACUUGUUCGAGCAGUAUCGUGAUGCGCUCGACACCUCUGUCAAGUUGGCUACCACUCACAACGUCAAGCCAAUCAGAGGAACCACCUACGUUUUCAUCUACGUCGGUGAGGGCAGCAGCAACACCUGCAAGUCCAACACAGCAGGAAAGUAUUCACUACUGGAGUCGGCCAUCCUUCUGGGACUGAUGUGCAAGUUUGUCUCUGAGGAGUGCGAGUUGGUUCUCGUCGGUUCCAAGUCGAGCAGUCUCGUUCUCCACAAGGUGGAAUCGGUCGCUUCCGAUUCGAUCCUCGACAACAUGCAGUCGGUAAAGAGUUUGGUGGACACUCAUUUCAACGUCGAGGAAACCUACAAGUACUUCCCAACCGACUACUUUGUCAAGAUGAUUCUCGAUAAGAAGAGAGUUGACAAUGUCGUCUUGUUGAAUCACACCACCGUCUCCAUGGAAAUGGAUCUCUACAAGCGUAACAUCCUCACCAAGUAUCGUCAGGAGAUCAAUCCAGACUUGUUGUACGUCAAUAUCAACUUGUCGGGUGGUGGUGCCGUCCACGACAACAACGCCGAACAUCCAAACAAUGUCCACAUUGCCGGUUUCAGUGAUUCCAUCUUGAAGUUCAUUGCUGAGCGUGGUGGAGCCGACCAACAACUCCAAUACAUCGAGAAGAUCGACCAGAUCAAGAAGCUGCCACUCUUGAAGCAAGCAGUGUCAUCUUCUGUCGCCACUACCCAAGCUGCCACUUCCGCUCAGGCCGCUGCUGCCAAUCUCAAGGCACAGAACCAAGAACUCCAGAAAAUCUUGGGAAGAACUCAAGCACGUCCAUGGAAGAACGUAAGAAUUUUCAUCUCAUCCACGUUCUUGGAUAUGCAUGGUGAGCGUGAUAUGCUCGUGAAAUACGUAUUCCCAGAGUUGAGGGAGCGUUGCGCCAAGCGAAAGAUCCAUGUCACCGAAGUCGACCUGCGUUGGGGUAUCACCGAAGAGGAGAGCUUAAAGAACCGUUCCGUCGAGCUGUGUCUUGGCGAGGUAGAUCGUUGCAGUCCAUUCUUUGUAGGUCUGCUCGGACAGCGUUACGGUUGGAUUCCACCCCACUACAAGACUAGCGACGAGCCAAAGUUCGACUGGUUGAAAACCUAUCCAAAGAAUCGUUCGAUCACCGAGCUGGAAAUGGUUCACGCCAUGAACAACUCGCAAUCCUCUGGCAAAUCGCUGUUCUAUAUUCGUGAGCCAUCGCUUAUCGCAGAGGUGCCAAAGGAGUAUCGUUCGCAAUUCGAAUCGGAAGACAAGGAGUCCGCUCACCGACUCGAACAACUCAAACAACAGAUUCGUACCAAUUGCCAGUUCUACACUUACUCUGCAAACUAUGGUGGUUUGGUAGAUGGACGUCCAUCCGCUACCAAUUUGGAUGCUCUCCACCAGCGAAUCCUGGAGGAUCUCUGGCAUAGCAUCCAGGCAGAGUAUCCAGCCGACAUGGAAACCGACGAAUCCAUCGAUAUCAUGGCAACAGAGAACCAUGAACACGAAGUCUACAGUGAGAUGAAGGCUGCUCGUUUCGUUGGACGUAAGGACGACAUCAAUUGUCUCUUCAAGUUUGCCGAUGUCCUCAGACCAUUCGGUAACUCCAACAAAGUCUCCAAGCUGGCAGUCUCGGCCAACAAGUCGAAUAUCUUGGUUGUCAGUGGUCGUGCAGGUUCCGGUAAGUCAGCGUUGCUCGCCAAUUUCAUUCAGCAAUACAACCAGCACCGUAAAGACAAUCACCAGAAAUUCAAGAAUGCAUUGCCAGCACUGAUUCUCAGUCACUUUGUCGGUGCCACAACCUCGUCCACUGACAUCUCUGCGCUGAUCCAUCGUAUCUGCUAUCAAAUCGUGCACAAACUGAACAUCAAUGAAACGAUUCCAACUGAUUACAAGCAGUUGAAGAUGUACUUCCCAGUGCUCCUAAAGAAGGCUUCACUUCGUGCCAAGAUUUUCCUGUUCAUCGAUGGAAUCGACCAGUUGGCCGCCAAGAACUCUGCACUCAGUUUGGACUGGCUUCCAUUGAGCUCGCCAGUAAAGAUCGUCUUGAGUACAAUGGAGGGAGAUCACACUCUCUCUGUGCUUCGUCGUCGUAAGCCACAACCACUCGAGGUUCUUCUCGACCCAAUGGAUCAACGCGAUAGCUCCACCCUUGUGCAAACCAAGCUCGCCGACUAUCGUAAGCGUCUCGACGAUUCGCCAGCCAACAACCAGCUGCGAACAUUGCUUUCCAAGACCGAUGCAGUCCAUCCACUAUACUUGGUUCUUGCCUGCGAGGAACUACGUGUAUUCGGUAACUUUGAGGAGUUGAACGAGAAGAUCAGACAACUCUCGCCAACUCUUCCAAGAUUGUUUGACGAUAUUCUCAACCGUCUAGAAACCGACCACGGUAAGAUCUUGGUACAAAAUGCACUGGGUGCAAUCGCUUGUUCGCGAGUUGGUCUGUCGGAAGACGAUCUUAUCACUCUGCUCGCACGUAAGGAGUUGAACGAACAGCAACUCCCAAUCGGUAUUUGGUCACGUGUACUCCGUGGAAUCUUGCCAUUCUUGCUCCAGAAUCCAGAUGGAACUUUCGACUUUUUCCACCACCAAAUGACACUUGCCGUUCAGAAGCGUUACUUGACUCUCUCCGAUGCCAACUCUCGUGUCCAUACGAUGUUGGCAAAUCACUACUUGAUUCGUGCCGAUCCAGACAAGUCCAACACAUACCAAGGUGACGCCAAGUCGAUCACCGAGUUGCCAUAUCAUCUCGCCAAGGCAAAGAAUUUCAAUCAAUUGGAAAACGUUCUUUGUAAUCUCGAGUUUAUCAAGCGUAAAUGUGAAUUGGGAUUGACAUACCAUUUGAUUGGCGAUUACAUCGAUGCUCUCGGAGAUGAUCUUCAAGAAAAGACAGUGACAUCUUCGCUCUCCUCUGCCAAACAGAAAGCCAAGCAAAUCAAUGAUAAUCUUCGUGAUUUCUAUCGUUUGAUCUCCAGUUGUUCGCAUAUCCUUUCGAGAUCUCCACACUUGAUCUAUCAGCAGGCUGCCAAUCAACCGUCGAACUCCUAUCCAUCGAAGGUCGCCAGACAACUGGCAGCUGGCUACCGUCAGUCUUGGAUUGAAUGGACCAACAAACCAGAGACAAGAGACAGCUGCAAGCAAACGCUGGCAGGCUAUCCAGAGGGUACAACCGCAGUUGCCUAUUCGCCAAAUGGCGCGCUCAUGGCCGUGGCUGCACGUGACUGCAUCAUCCACAUCUACAACACCACCAACAUGGCAGAACUCUGCACACUCGAGUCUCACACCAACUGGGUUUCCUCACUGUCCUUCUCUGGUGACAGUAAACUCUUGGUAUCGACCUCCUGGGACAACAGUGUCAUUCUCUGGGAUGUGGUGAUUGGUGCCGUUGUCCAUCGUUUCAACGGACACAGUCGUGCUGUUAACUGUGCUCGUUUCUCAACCGACUCACAAUACAUUGCUACAGCAGGUUGGGAUUCAACUAUCAUCGUUUGGAAUGUACAUGAUCGUUCUAUCUUCCGUACUCUCAGAGGACACACCAAGCCAGUGAACCAUAUCGCCUGGUCAAAGGAAGGUGGACAACUCGUUUCUUGCUCAUGGGACGGAACAGUGCGUGUUUGGAAUCCAUCAGACUCUCUCUACAACAAACGUCUACUCCAAACGAUCGAUGUCUCUGCAACAGUUCGUGGAUCGCUCAAGUGCUGUGAGUUCUCACCAAACUCCAAACAAAUCAUUGCCACCGCUAUGGAUUCCUCUGUUCUCCUCUUUGAUAUCCAAGCAAGCAAACUCGUUUCCAUCAUCGGAAAACACAACAAAUCCGUCAACUACUGUUCGUUCUCACAGGAUGGAUCGCACUUUGUCACUUCAUCCGAUGACUCUACAAUGAAGAUUUGGACACCGACUCUAGGUGCUCAAUUGGACAGCUUGAAAUUCCAAGAGGGUUGGGCCAAUUGCUUGGCAUACUCGCCAAACGCCGAUACUAUGGCUGCAGGUUGUUCGGAUUGUGUCGUUAGAAUCUACUCGGUUUCACCACCGAGUGGAAAAUCCACUGGUAUCAAACUGCUCCGUGAAAUAGCCGGACAUACCAGAGCUAUUCUCAGUGUCUCCUUCUCCAACGACGGCAAGUUUGUAGCUUCGACUUCCGAGGAUCGUACUGUGCGUGUCGCCAACAUCGACACUGGCAAGUUGGAAUACGAAAUCCCGAAUGCACACAUCGAAACGAUCAAUUCCGUUCAGUUCUCGCCAACCACCCCGGGCUUGUUGAUCACAGCAUCCGACGACUUUUCAUGCAAGGUUUGGAGCUUCGGCAAGCUGGUUGCCACUCUCUCGAACAACACCAACACUGUCAAGCAAGCGGUAUUCUCACCGAACGGUGCUUACAUUGCAACGGUAUCUCGUGAUUGCUCCAUAACCAUCUACUACACCUCUGGAUACAAAAUGAUUUGCAAGAUGACAGGACACACUGAUUGGAUCAACUUUGUCACUUUCUCACCGGAUUCGAAACGUCUUAUCUCUGGUGGUUGGGAUUUCAACGUCAAGAUUUGGUCGAUGAACAGCAAGAAAGAACUUCGUACACUGAAAGGUCACACCGGUUCAGUGGAAAGAGGUUUCUUCACCCCAGACUCUCGUUAUAUUAUAACUUGUUCAUUCGACGGUACAAUUAAAGUUUGGGAUCCAGAGGUUGGUUCGGAAAUCACAUCGCUCUCUCAUCAAUCGCGUAUCAGCGAUGUCAUUAGCAAUGGCAAACAAUCGAUCUUCUCAUGCUCCGACGACGGUGAAAUCAAAUGUUGGAAUCCAAUUGCCGGACAAUGUGUGGCAACACUUACCGGACAUUCAAGUAGUGUCAAACAAGCUCAAUUCAUGCCACAAGCUGAAACCUCUGGAUUUGGAUCGUUCUCAUCAUCGUCAUCCUCUACCGCCUUCAAAAAGACAAUUGCCUCCACCUCAGAUGACGCCACCGUCAAGAUCUGGGAGUUUAGCGAUCAAACCUCACUCUCGAGUGCACAUCAAACAUCGAUCUCCUCGUGUGCCUACUCUCAAGACGGUAAGUUGCUCGCCACCAUCUCUGAGGAUAAAACUCUCAAGAUCUGGGAUGUCAGAUCCGGUGUCAACACCAAGACCAUCCAAUUGGCGGAAAUCCCAACUGCUGUUGUAUUCACAAACACCGGUAAGUUGGUUGUCGGUAAUCAAACCGGUGGAGUUGUCAUCUACGAAAACAUUAGCAGUGCCGCCGCUGAAGCGAAUGCAACCGUUGUCGACUACGUUCAUCAAUCUCAAAUCACCGCGUUGGUUGCUCUCGAGGUAGACGACAUGUUCUUCUCGGUCGGAUGGGAUCGUCGUGUCUACGCUUGGUACAAGGGAGCCGGUGCCACUCUCACCCAAGUCAACGAUUGGAUCGAGUGUAUCGCUUUGUCACCUGAUUUCGUCGUGGUUGCCGGUCGUCAAAACAGCAUCUACCUCAUCGAUCAAAAGAUGGCAGCAACCUCAAAGACCAGCUCAUUCACAACCGUUUUGCCAAUUCCCUUCGACGUCAAAUAUGUCACUUCGCUCGCCUUCUCACCCGACUUCAAUACACUGGCAAUCGGUUGUUUCAGUGGUGACAUUCAGUUGCUCGACAUGAAGAGUCAACUCUUCACAUCGGUUUUCACCAAGCAGACCGGUGCCAUCACCGGACUCAAAUACAUCGACAACAACCACUUGGUCAGUGCCUCAAAGGAUCGUAGUCUCAUUGUUUGGAAUGUUUCAAAAUCGGAAUCUGGAUUCGUCGAGAAUGAAUUCAUUCACAACUCACCAAUCAUCUCAAUGGAUUGCAGAGAACAUAGAAUCUGCACUGGUGAUAGCAAUGGUAACCUUUAUUUCUUGAACUACCAUCCACAAAAAUAA